CCAGCCCUCGCCCACGUCGGCACUCGUGGCUGCGGGAGUCCCGGCUGGCUCUCGGGGCUGGCCAGAAUCAGGCUCCCCUGGCACCAGGUCCCCCGACCUUCCCAAGGAUCAUGGCGCAGCCCCACUGACCCAGGAGUAGGGGCCUUCGGGCAGGGCACCUGGAAUGGGCUGUGUGUUCUGCAAGAAGCUGGAGCCAGGGCCCAAGGAGGAUGUGGGCCUGGAAGGAAACUUCAGGGCCUCUGGGGCUGCCGACCGCUAUGGCCCUGACCCCACCCAGGGCCGGCCAGCCUCCUCCUUUGCACACAUCCCCAACUACAACAACUUUUCCCCUCAGCCCUCCAGCCACACCUUCCUCAGUGGGGGCACCGUCAGGGGCAUCUCAGGCCCUGGGGUGACCCUGUUCAUUGCCCUGUAUGACUACGAGGCCCGGACAGAAGACGAUCUCACCUUUACCAAGGGCGAGAAGUUCCACAUCCUGAACAACACUGAAGGAGACUGGUGGGAGGCCCGGUCCCUCAGCUCUGGACAAACUGGCUACAUCCCCAGCAAUUACGUGGCCCCCGUGGACUCCAUCCAGGCUGAAGACUGGUACUUCGGAAAGAUCGGGAGGAAGGAUGCAGAGAGGCAGCUGCUGUCCCCAGGCAACCCCCAGGGGACCUUCCUCAUUCGGGAGAGUGAGACCACCAAAGGUGCCUACUCCCUGUCCAUCCGUGAUUGGGACCAGAGCAGAGGUGAUCACGUGAAGCAUUAUAAGAUCCGCAAGCUGGACAUGGGUGGCUACUACAUCACCACGCGGGCCCAGUUCGACUCAGUGCAGGAGCUGGUGAAGCACUACAUGGAGGUGAACGAUGGGCUGUGCCACCUGCUCACGGUGCCCUGUGCCACCAUGAAGCCGCAGACCUUGGGCCUGGCCAAGGACGCCUGGGAGAUCAGCCGCUCCUCCAUCGGACUGGAGCGCCGGCUGGGCAGCGGCUGCUUCGGGGAUGUGUGGCUGGGCACGUGGAACGGCAGCACAAAGGUGGCGGUGAAGACGCUGAAGCCUGGUACCAUGUCCCCGAAGGCCUUCCUGGAGGAGGCGCAGGUCAUGAAGCUGCUGCGGCACCACAAGCUGGUGCAGCUGUACGCCGUGGUGUCCGAGGAGCCCAUCUACAUCGUGACCGAGUUCAUGUGCCACGGUAGCUUGUUGGAGUUCCUCAAGGACCAGGAGGGCCAGGAUUUGAGGCUGCCCCAGUUGGUGGACAUGGCAGCCCAGGUAGCUGAGGGCAUGGCCUACGUGGAGCGCAUGAAUUAUAUCCACCGGGACCUGAGGGCGGCCAACAUCCUGGUGGGGGAGCGCCUGGUGUGCAAGAUCGCAGACUUCGGUCUGGCCCGUCUCAUCGAGGACGACGAGUACAACCCUCGGCAAGGGACCAAGUUCCCCAUCAAGUGGACGGCUCCAGAGGCUGCCCUCUUCGGCAAGUUCACCAUCAAGUCAGAUGUGUGGUCCUUUGGGAUCCUGCUCACCGAGCUCAUCAGCAAGGGCCGAGUCCCAUACCCAGGUAUGAGUAACCGGGAAGUGCUGGAGCAGGUGGAGCAUGGCUACCACAUGCCGUGUCCCCCAGGCUGCCCCGAGUCCCUGUACGAGAUCAUGGAGCAGACCUGGAGGCUGGACCCGGAGGAGAGACCCACCUUCGAGUACCUGCAGUCCUUCCUGGAGGACUACUUCACCUCCACAGAACCGCAGUACCAGCCCGGGGAUCAGCCCUAGCCUGCCAGGGCAUCGGGCGCCCUCUGGGGAUGCCCACCACCCCUUGCCAGUCCCCAGGACUCUGACCCUGAGCCCCCCAGGCUGUGAGCAGAUGCAGGUGCUGUGAUGCUGGCCAGGGCAACCCAGAUGGGGCGCGUGAGGGCUCCGAGCUCUACCCUCACCCGUUCUGACCCCAAGCACUGCUUCUGCCCUUUCCCACUUAGGCCCCCUGCAUGCCUCUAGCCUCUCUCCCCACCCCCAAACACUCUGACCUUAUGUGGUUAUUUAUAGCUCGGCAUAGCCCCUUCCCUAACUCACCUCCUGACCCUGCUCCCCACCCUGCUGUCGGGCCUCUCUGAUCUGGGCGCCAGGAAUUUACCUCGACUCCCUGUUCCCUUGCCGCUGUAAGUUACCAGCCAGGGAGUCUUGGCCUUCCCCUUCGCCUGCUGGGUAGGGGCUGCAGGCCAGGGCCAGAGCAGAGAGGGUAGGUUGC